GAAUAAUGAAGCAACUACAGAUACACCUUUAAAGAUACAAACUGCGCUUCCGUCCGUCCUCUCGACCACACACACCGCACCACUAACGUCUCAUUCUUGCACUCUGAAAGCGGAAUCGCCGUGUUUCCGGUUUGCUUCCGGCGGAGUUGUGCGAGCUUGACGCAGGGGGUCGCGAGCUGCUGUUGUCAGCCUGCAGCAUCAGAAAACAAACAACAGGCGCAGCAGGCUCGUUAUAAACGCCGGGAAAGAUGGUGGCUAAACAGAGGAUCCGCAUGGCCAACGAGAAACACAGCAAGAACAUCACGCAGAGAGGAAACGUGGCCAAGACGCUGCGACCACAAGAGGAGAAGUAUCCUGUGGGCCCCUGGCUACUCGCCCUCUUUGUAUUUGUUGUGUGUGGAUCAGCUAUAUUUCAGAUCAUUCAGAGCAUCCGUAUGGGGAUGUGAUCCAGAAGGAGCCUCUAGGCUCCCGUUCCCCUCCUCAUGCCCUCACUGAGCCUGGCUAACCCGCGCCUGCACACACCCCCCGACCCCCUCCAGAGGCCCAGAGACUGACACCGAAGCUUCGGAUCCAGCAGACCUCGGAGACAGAAGCUUCCCCCCGACCUCUGCCUCCAGCGACCCCUCGAUCAGCGUUUACAUGUGUUGCAGUCUGUGGUGCUGACAGCUUUUCUAUGGACAGUCUAAAACCACGCCGGCUGGAGAACGUGUGUGUGUGUGUGUCUCAUCACUCACUUGGCUCAUACCUCUGUGUGUGUGAGUGUGUGUGUGUAUGUGUGUGUGAGACUGUUAACGUGAGAGUGUGCGGCCAGUGAAGUCUGCUGACAAUGUGCCAUACUGUAUCUGCCUGUGUUCGUCUGCGUCGUGUGAGAAGAAUCUUUUUUCAAAUAAAUGUCGAGCAUUUA